CGCUUCUCUGUGUUUGCCAGUUUCAAAGUUGCAAGAGGCUGAGCUGAAACAUGUGCGGGCGGACCUCCUGCCACUUGCCUCUGGACGUGCUCACCAGAGCGUGUGCCUAUCGGGAUCGGCGGGGCCGGCAGAGGCUCCCGGAGUGGAAGGACCCGGACAAGUACAACCCCUCCUACAACAAGAGUCCCAGGUCGCACAACCCCGUGCUCCUGUCGCGGCUGCACUUUGAGAAGAAUGCAGACUCAUCUGAGCGUAUCAUUGCCCCCAUGCGAUGGGGCUUGGUCCCAUCUUGGUUCAAAGAUGACCUUUCCAAGUUUCAGCUCAACACAAGCAACUGUCGUAGUGAUACCAUUACGGAGAAACGGUGUUUCAAGGUGCCUCUGGGAAAAGGAAGGCGAUGUGUCGUUUUGGCAGAUGGAUUCUACGAGUGGCAGCGAAAUCAGUGCACCAAUCAGAGGCAGCCGUAUUUCGUCUAUUUCCCCCAAAUCAAGACAGAAAAGCCGGACAUCAUAGGUCCAGAAGACUGGGAGCAAGUAUGGGACAACUGGCGGCUGCUGACAAUGGCUGGGAUCUUCGACUGCUGGGAGCCCCCGGAGGGAGGAGACCUCCUAUACUCUUAUGCCAUUAUCACAGUGGAUUCCUGCCCGGGCUUGAAUGACAUCCACCCCAGGAUGCCUGCUAUCUUGGAUGGGGAAGAGGCAGUCUCUAAAUGGCUUGACUUUGGUGAGGUCUCAACUCAGGAAGCCCUGAAGUUAAUCCACCCUACAAACAACAUCACCUUCCAUCCAGUCUCUCCCGUGGUGAACAACUCCCACAACGACACUCCCCAGUGUGUGACUCCUGCCCACCUCAUGGUCAUCAAAAAGGAGCCCAAGGCCAGUGGCAGCAGCCAGAAGAUGUUGCAGUGGCUGACCUCAAACUCACCCAAAAAAGAAGACCCAAAACCAUUCCAAAAAGAAUCAAACGUGUUCCAGUGGUCCAGGCAUUCCCUGCCAAAGAGCAACCUUCCGGUCAAGAGAGGGGGCCAAGGACCCCUUAAGCGGUGGCUGAAACAGGAGAAGCAAGAGGGGCCCGUGGCUAAGCGGCCGCAAAAGCAGUAGUGCAGGGCUCUGCGAGAGCUCUACCACCACCUGCUACACCCAGCGCUGCAGCUCACGUCUCAGCUGCUGCACUGCAAGGCGGUGGCACGAUACUACUCGACAGUGGGGGGCUCAGGUGGAAGUAGCCAUCCUGAUUGUGGCUAGAAAUCCCAGGUGAGGCUUUUGGGUACCCACUGCCAUCACUGGCCCAGGGGCACCUGGGCUUGCCUAGAUUUCCAGCCAAGCCUGACAAAGCCUUCCCUCAAAGUGGGUCCCUGCUGGGAACCCUCAGCCCUGAUCUGAGGCUGCUUUCUACUCCGCCUCUGGCUUUUGGUCUUCUAGAAUUAAGUUGCUAAAUAUUUUA